AUGCAAAUCCAAUCCUUGUCCCUCCUUGCGGUGUGUCCUGCUCUUGUCAUCGCCUCGAUAGACAAGAACGGGAGAGUCGGCCGCAGCGAAUUCGGCAUGAGCAUGAUCCUACCUCGACAACAGACGACAAACUUACAGGCCUUCUCGGGCGCCCUUGGUGGUGCCGCCGCGCCGGCUAUCUUGAGCUCAGGGGACCCGGAGCGACCAUUCGAAGUUGAUGGUGAUACCUUUAGAGACUUUGACACUGCUGCGAAUCGGGCGUGCGAUAACCAGAAGAACAAUUGUGCCGAUAUGGCCAAUAACGGGACUGGGGAUUUCAAGGUCGGCGAUUGUGACCGGCAAACCGCACAAGAAAGACACAAAGGGGCCUGGGACCCAUACUCAUCACCGGCUGCCUCAUCACCUGCGCUCUCCAGCGCAUCAACCGCCGACGGCGAGGCGUCCCCCGAACUCCCGCCUCUCCCUGCGCCAAGAUUACCCGAUCGCGUCCUGGGGCUGUUGAGGACACCGCCAGAUAGCCGCCCAGAGUCGGACGACGACGCCGCCACACAAUUUGGCGCGAACCAGUGGGGCUCGCCCUAUCCGCCACAUCUCCGGAACCAGAGUUCGAGCAGCCAGAGCCAGAGCAGCGAAGCGUCUGAAGACUCGCCCAUCCAUCGCCUGGAGCUUCCGACACCCUUUCUACGGCCGGCGCCACCCCUACAAGACGCUGAACCGGAGUCACGCCUGCCGGAUAUCAGCGCUGCGGCAGCCGUCCUCGCGAACCGGGCACGGCGUGUUGCCCACGGUAUUACGGAAGGUUGGAUCCGCCAGCAUACCGCCGGCGGCACCGACGAGCAGGAAAAGCGUCACUGGUUCAGCGACGGGGACAGCGAGAACUCUUCACUGAGCGACUCCUUCUCCGGCGGCGAGGAAGCUGCUUGGCUGGGCGACGACAGCGUGCGAACACCCAAGGCAAGCCGGAAGAAGAACGAAGGUCGAAGCCGGCAGACUUCGCGGGGUGCACUAAGCAAGCAGACUAGCAUCGAGACGCUCAGACAGUCGCACUUGAGCGAGUCGACCAUCACUUCACCUCCCGCCAAGAUGGCUUCUUCAGACGACCUCCCGACGCCAGACAGCGUCAAGGAAUUUGUCCCCACCACAAAGCAAAUUGAGAAUCCUGGCACACCGACGACCAUUGACCGUAAUGGAGCACCAAACGGUAUCGCAAAAGGCCCCCAUGCUGGGCCUAACACCUCGACACCAGUUCGAAUCAAGAGGUCGUCGACCUCGUCAACACCAAGAUUCAAGAAGAAGGUGCCUUGGAAGGGCAAGAACAUCCUCGUACUUCUCCCUCGAGAUGAUAACCGUGGCCAGCCGGGUGAAAGCCCCAUGCCCCUGUCAGAGGCCAAUGUUUCUGGCAUGCUUCGGAGUUGGCAGCAGCUAGGUUACGACAUCAGUGGUUUUGACCUCUAUGAGCCCAUAAUCGAGCUGGACACAAAUGAACAAUCACAAAGUAGGGGUGCUUGGCCAGACCCUGAGGAUCUAGUGAAGGAACGGAGGCAGGGCGAUUGGAAAGUGCUUCUUCCAGAUUUGAACGCAUGGAAGCGAUACGUUGAGGAGCUCAACGAGGCGAAACUCCGGGCGCUUGGUGUCUCGUUCGGAGAUGAGGAGCCCCCACUGCCGUCGAUUUCUCCUGCGUCAGCAAACAGUAGACAGCCAUCGAGCGCAGCGCAAUACCCGCCGCUUCCGUUCUCGCCACCGAUUCCGACCUCGUCGGCGGGAAGCAAUCAGGCGGUUGUUGGGUUCCCCUUCCCUGGCCAGUUCGUAACGUCCGCCUCCCAGAGCCCUGGUAUUCCGGCCGGCGCUUCGCCGGGGCCGUUCGGUAAAUACAACCCCCGCGCAUCGAUCUCGGUCUCCUCGCCUCUCGCCUGGUCUCCGCAAAUGAUGUUGCAGCAUGGGCAUCGUGGUGGCUCUCCCUCACUCGCUAACCUGGGCGCCAUCAUGUCCCCGACCUCACCUUUCUCUCCUGACGGGAUCCCUGGCCAUGUGGCACAUCAACGCCACCAAUCGCUCCAGUACCCUUCGCUGCCUCACCAAUUCCAGCCACCAGUCAGGGCCUCGCCCCGUCUGCAGGAACUGCGCGAGGUUGACGAAGAAACUGCCGCUGUGGAGGUACCACCGACCAAGCCGGAGCAGGGCUUUGUUAGCCACAACCCCAGUGACAGUCUGCAAAGGGAGAUCGACGAGGCCGAGUACCAUCUGGAGGAGCAAAUGCGGUCGCAACUGGACAAUGACCAGGACUACAGCCCACACAACGACAAUGGCCAGCCGGAGGCCGGUGCUGGAGGUGCUACUGCUGGUGAACGGUUGCCCGAGUUUAACUCCCAAUCUCACCGGUUUGCUGGUGAUGCGGAUGGUCUGGUCUUGCACCAUCCCCGGCCGCACAGUCGUGGGCAUUCGUUGUCUCAAAAGUACUUUACCGAGGACGAUGCCUCCAACAAGAAUGGCUUCAAGCCGACGCUGCAGCAGAUUGCCCAACCAGCCGAGGAGGACGAAAUCGAGACGAACCCGAGCAACCUUGGCACGCCGGUACAGGCUUUGGAGUUUCCCAAGCUUGCCGCCCACCAACGCGCGUUCUCGAACGGCAGCAACCCGUGGCUUGGUAGUGAUUCGGGUGGCUCUGCUAAGGGAGGGCACAAGGCCCGUCCGAGCCAGGGCAGCGUGUCGUCCUUCUCGAAACUCAAUGUGGAGGCCCCAGAGUUCAAGUUCAACCCUACAAGCACUUUCAACCCUGGCGCGUUUAGCUUUUCGAGCAACACGUUCCAACCAUCAGCCUUCAACGCGGGCGUGAACCCUGUCGGCCCGGCCCAGUUGGUCCCUUCGACCGUGACAAGCACUUCCAAAAUCAACGCGAACGCGCCGGUCUUCUCACCCGGCCAGAGCGAGUUCAGCUUCUCAGCUUCCGGUCCCAAGUUCCGCCCAGAUGCUCCCUCUUUCACGCCUCAGUCGAUGCCUACCUCUGUCGCGAGCCCCGUCAUGUCGGGUGCGGACACUGGCAGCAACCGAAACAGCAUUUUCGGCACUAUUGACCUCAGCAGCGCGGACCACGGCAAGUUCGGAAAGAAGUCGACGAAGCCGGCAGCGGUGGUCGUCCCGCCCGUGAAUGAGCCGUCACCCGCGCUGAACGGCGCGCAGUACGAUGCUGAAGGCCGCCCGCUAGUGGACGAAUCCCGCAUCAAGAGGGCCCGGGCGAACGUCGGGGAUGGCGACGGCGUUCCACUCUUUGCCGACCCCCACGAGGAAGAGACGCUUGUUCUCCCCUCCCACACCGAAUCGUCCGUUCAAGACGACGGUAUACCUGCGGAGGAAAAGUCGUUUGACGACUCCAAUCUGGGUACGGGUGAUAUGACCAUGUCAUCGACCAUGGUUUCGGAGACCACGGAUACCAAGGCCACUGUCAGCCCCUCAGAGCCGUCUGUGGAUCACGCCACGCUUACCUGGGCGCCGUUUGAGUUCAACAAUAACUCGGAGGCCCAGGCGUUCAAUGAAGCGAAGCCGUUUGAGUCCGAUGAGCGGUUCAAGCCUGGGCAUAAGAAAUCCUUGUCUGCUACUGCGAACGCGUUCGUCCCUGGUGCCGCGACGUGGGUCAACACCCACCUCCAGGAAGCCGACGCUACGCCUCCUGUUGCGGAUGAUCUUGCCGAUAAACCGGUUGAGCGGUCAGUCACUCCCGAGGCUGGUUUUGUCGCUGAGCUAGAGGCUCCAGCGCCAAUCGAGAAGGGUCUCGAGUCCGCCGCCGAAGAAGACGAAGAGUCGGUGGAAUCUGUUGGAACCCCAGUGGAGAGCGAACGUACCCCAUCGGCUCCUCCUGUCGCCGAGCUCGCGGCCACCACGCCGUCACCGGUCGCUUCUCCGUCGCCCGCUCAUGCAAAGGGCCUUUCUGCUUCGCGAUAUGCCCAGCAGCCCCCUUUGUCUCCGCCUGUGAAGCGGUCUGGCCUCGCGGCCUCGCGCUUCGCUGCUCCCCCGUCGCCUAUGGAGGAGACCGAGCCUGCGCCUGUUGAGCGCGCGGUCUCGCCUUUGUCUGAUCACGAGGAGCCUGUCGUCUCGCACGUCGAGCCCGAUCACGAGGAGCCUGAACACCUUGUCUCGCAUGCCGAGCCGCCGACCGGCAACGUGGCUGUCGAUGCAGACGCCGGGCCGUCCAUGGCUGAUAUCGACGAGGUUAUGCGCCUUAUGAACGAGGAUCCGGACAUGGGCGUCAACAGGACCUACGAUGAGGAGCAUGAGGUUCAAUGGGGCGAGUCCAGUCCCACUCGGCCGUCCCCGCUGGUCGUUGGAGAUAGCUCGCCUACUCGCCUGCUCCCUCCCAGCUACGCCCGUAGUGACGCGCCCAGCCCGAGCCAAGCCGACUACGACCACCAGCCGGCUACGGAUCUGGAGGAUCCUUUCGUCGACCCCUCCCGCAGCGGGCAGUCUGUUGAAGGCGCUGUUCGCCACCUCAACGUCGGGGAGAGCCUCCCCGCUAGUGACUGGGAAGGCAUGUUCAGCGAGUCAGAGCAGACCAAGCUCGAAUCGCGCGUGGCUUUCUUCGAUGGUCGUGUCAACGAACUGGUCGGCGGGUUGCUUGCUGCCCGUCUCGGCCCUCUUGAGCGCACCCUGGACAGCAUCAAUCUUUCUUUGUUGAAGAGGACUGCGUCCAACCGCCGGGACCAAGGUGGUAGCGUAUCGGCUGAAGUCCGGGAAAGCGACGCGGACGAUGAGGACGAUGAGGUCACUGCCCCGCCGCGCUCUAUGAGCCCUCGCCGGGAUCGUAGGCUGGAUCAGAUCCGGGCCGCCGUGCUUGACGCGUUUGCUACGCAGCGCCGUAACCAGCCGACCGAAGCGCGUUCUCUGGAUGCCACACCCGCUGACAGCAGCCCCUUGGUUCUGAAGGCGCUUGAGGAGAUGAAGGAGCACUUUGCUCGUCCGGCCGAGCCAGCGUUCGCUGCCAGUGAUAUUAAGAGUAUCGUCGAGGAGGUCGUGGAACACCGGGUGCCGCUUCCGCCGUCGACCACAGACAAGGACAAGCAGCUGGGCGCGCUCCAGGCUCGUGUUGCUGAGCUCGAACAACAACUUCGCGCUGAGCAAACGAAGGUGGAGACUGAAUCCGCUACCAGGCGGGCGGCCGAAGACCGGGCUGCGGAAGCGGAUCGCGAACUUCACGCUACUGUGGCCAAGUUUGACGCUGAAGUGGUGAACAAGAAUGCCCUGAUCCAGGUCGUCAACGACAUGCAGGAUCGGAUCCAGGCUGCUGAGGAUCAUGCUGAAGACCAGGUCGAAGGACGUAGAGCUGCUGAAGACCGGUUGUCUGAGGUCCAGCGCCUCCUUCGGAUAUCAUCUGAAGAGGAGACGCGGCUUAGGGAGCUUGUUGAUGACAAGGACCAGAAGAUCCACGCCGCCGAGACUGUCCACACCGAACACGUCAUGCGCCUCAACGUUCUGGAAGCCAGUCAGGCCAGUGCGAGCCAGCUGCAGAGUGAAGCGCAAAAUCGCGUCAACGCUCUCGAGGCCGAGGCCCGUGAAGCGCGCAAGGAGACCGCGCAUUGGCGGUCCGAGACGGAUCGCAUUGUCACCAUCAUCCAGCGGCGCGACCGGGAUCUUGCGCAGGCCCUGGAUGAGAACAAGGCCAUGCACAAGCUCAUCGAUACCCUGGGCACCCAGCUGCAGGAGAACGAACGCAUGCGCGACACGCUGCGCUCCAAGUUCAUCUCGAUCCAGGAAGAGAUGGGCCAGGCGGCGAAGCAGAUCACCGAGGAGAGCUCUCGCCGCGUGAAGAAGGAGCAGGCGUUGCUUGCGCGGCAAGAGGUUCUCGAGGCGAGGUUGCAGGCCGAGGCCAGGACCCGCGAGCGUAUCGAGACGGAGCUGGAGCGGCUGGAGAUGGGAGAACGCCAGGGUAUGCGGGCUGUCUCGGAGUGUAAGAGACUCGAGGGUCUGCUCGCUGAACUGCGCACCGAGAACCACACCUUGCACCAGAACUCGCUUCGCUACCAGGCUGAGUUCCAGGAGGCCCGGGAGUCAGGCGCUCGGGAGGUCCAGCGCACCCGCGACGCGAUGCAGGCUGAGGUGGAGGAGGCUAACCACCAGGUCAACGUUGCGCGGGAGGAGCUCGAGGACGAGAUGUCGAAGCUCAGGGCUCAGCUUGACCAAGUUAAGUUGGAUGCGGACACUGCCAAGGCUCGUCACGAAAUGCUUCUUGAAGAGGCGCAGAACUCGAAGCAGGCUGGGCACGAAGAGCUGGUCCGCAAGCACCAAAACGAGGUCGAGGACCUGCAGGCGCGCUACGAACGCCAGCUCAACAACACGACUGAGGAUGCCCAGAGGGCCGAGCAGAACCUGCUGGAGCGCCUCAGCAUCUCGACGUCCAAGUCCGAGUACCUGCAAGACAAGGUCGCGCAUCUGGAAGACAAGCUCGAGAUUGCGAAGGAGGCUGCCCGAGCUGCCGCCUUGGCUGCGAAGUCCGUCGUCCCCGGCCCCGAGCCGGCCGCGACGUCGACCCAGCCCAGGCCUGCGGCUUCUGGUGGCGCCUCUCGCUCGCUCGACCUGCCCGAGAAGAUCUCGCCGCAAGCUCUGCGGGAGUCCAUCAUGGUCCUGCAGGAGCAGCUGCAAGAGCGCGAGCACCGGAUCGAGGACCUCGAGUCCAAACUGUCUAAGCUGGAUCCUGAUGCGGAGACCAAGAUCUCCAAGCGCGAUGACGAAAUCAUCUGGCUGCGCGAGCUGCUUGCCGUUCGCCAUUCAGACCUCCAGGACAUUAUCGGUGCCCUCGGUCGGGAUGACUACGACAAGAACGCCGUCAAGGACGCUGCGAUCCGCCUCAAAGCCAAUCUCCAGAUGGAGGAGCAAGAGCGUGAGCGAGCGAUGAACGGCGGGUCGGCUAUCAGCCUGCCCAACAUCGCGGCCACCAUCCAGGCCGCCACGCCCCGCGUCGCCCAGGCCGUCGGACCCUUUGCUGCGGCCUGGGGUAACUGGCGCAAGAACCGAGACCUCAGCAGCGUUCUGUCGUCCCCUGCCCCACGAAACUCUACCCCUUCCAAGGUUAGCCGUACCCCUAGUAGCCUCCUCGGCAACAACAACACCAACAACCCCAUGACUCCCCCAUCCUCACACAUGCGCCAGACUCCAACCGUCGCCGCCGUCCAGGCCAGACAAUACCAGCAACAACCACAACAGCUGCAGCAGCAGCAACAACAACCCUCAGCCUUCUCCAACACCGGCCGUCGCUUCACAGCCCAAGACCUCGCCAACCGGCCUCGUCCCCCUCCCUUGUCAGCCUCCCCUUCGCUUUCCGAUAAAGCCAGGGGUAAAGCCCCCGCGACAAUGGCGACAAUGACGGCCGCCGCGAUGGCAGCAGCAGCAGAGCAGCAGCCGGAGACACCCCCGCAGAGGCGGCUGGCUGACCCGGUCACGCCACCUAUGAUGCGCUCGAGCGCGUAUGAUGAUGAUGCACAGGCUGCUGAGGAGUUUGAUGAUACGGGGUUUUUUGAGGAUUGA